AUUCAAGAGAAAUUUGGACCUUGAAUACCCCACUUGGGGCUCAUCCCAAGGUCUAUUUAAGGUCCAGAAUUUCCUCCCCUGACCACUUCCCCUCUCCUCACCACCUUCUAUCGUUACAAAAAAACACCACAAAUCCUCACCACUCAUUUUCUUCAAAACAGGAUCCGUACAUCUUUUGCAAACAAUCAUGCCUCUUCACCCUUCGAAUACUGAGGACAUGUUCCACACUGCCGAGGAUAUCCUCCAGCCCACUCAGGCCCGUGAGAGAUUCCGCGAACACUUUCUUGUGUCAGUAUUACCCUCGCCCCAUACUAUAUUCAUGUUUUGAGUUUUUACUAAUUUUGCAUAGUCCUAUCGAGACUCACGACCAGAAAUGGGUUGACCUCUGGGAAGGCGGUGAAUUCCUCCCGUGGGAUAAGGGAACGGCCAGUCCUGCUCUUGUCGAUCUCUUGAACCAGCAGAAGGAGAACCCGAUUUUUGUGGCUCAUAACCACAAGUCUGGUCCUAAAACUGCUCUUGUUCCGGUAUCCCCUCUCUUUUCUUACCCCCCAUUCUAUUAGUACUGACCAUUAUCAGGGUUGCGGCCGUGGUUACGAUGUCUUGCUUCUUGCUCAACACGGUUAUCACGCUGUUGGCGUUGACAUUUCUGCCAAGGCAAUUGACGACGCUCAAGCCUGGAUUGAUAACGAAAUCCAGAGGUUGAAAGCUGUGGGGGGGCCGCUCCCUACCGGACAGAUUGACUUGAUCUCUGGGGAUUUCUUCAAGGACGAUUGGGUCGCUCAAGUUGGCAUUGACGCGAAUGGUGGAUUCGAUGUGAUCUACGAUUACGCUGUGAGUCUCUAAUCCGGAAACCAUUUGAAGCUGACCUGAGUGGGAUGCAAAAACUAACACAUUUUGAUAGUUCUUGGUUGCUCUUAAUCCAGCCCUUCGCACCAACGUCGCUGCUCGCAUGCACCAACUCUUGGCUCCGGGCCAAGGUGUACUUAUCGCGCUGGAGUAUCCCCUCUUCCGCCCUGUCGAGACCGGUGGUCCCCCUCACGGAAUCAGAUCCUCUGACUACGACGGGCUCUUUGGUGGAAAGUUUCUCAAGGCAUUGCACUACAUGCCUGAGAGAACCCACAAGGUCGGAGAAGGGUCUGACAUGGUUAGCGUCUGGGUCAAGCAAAUUCCCCCUAAAUAUAGCAAAAUGUAGAAAUCAGUCUUGCUUCUGUAGUGGGGGUUUGAUCUAGACCUUGAUUACAUAGAAAUGAAAAUUCUUUAUAUUUUUUU